AUGCAGGGCGUGGCUUCGUGCGGUCUGAGGUCCACCGCCAAAUUCAAACGGUGGAAGAAAGAAGCCGCAGCUGAAGAAGAAGAAGAUCCUCGCAACUGGUACUUUGAGGUAAACUCAGUCAAUAUGACAUCUUCAGUGAUGGAUGGAGUAGGUAAAGCCGUCGUGGGAUUGUGGCGAGUGCAUACGGUCCUGGAUGAGUCUGACAACGCGGAGAGCUCCCCGGAAGACCCCGACCGCUUCCGCAAGCUCCGCUCUUCAUCUUCACUGAACUCUCUGCGGAUGACUUUGCGCAAGCGGCUCCCGCUGCGUUCUGUCCAGACCAACUCCCUCCCAGAAAAUCAAACUGUGGAACCUAUGGAAACCCAGAAAGAGCCGCCAAAGCCCAAUGCAGUCCGCAAGCUCACGCGCAGCGCCCGGAACUCCGUUACUGAAGUCUAUCAGAGGCUGCAGAGGACAAGAGAGUUUUCACGUGACGAGUGUUUGGUGGCGACCCCGGGUCAGACAUGUGACGGGGAAGAACCUGCCGCGUCGACUUCCCGCACCCCGAGACGCACACCCGGCCGAGCGGCAACACCCAGACGCACACCCGGCCGAGCGGCGACGCCCCGCCGUACCCCUGGCUCCAGAGGAAGAAGGACUCCAGAGUCUGGCGUUCGAGGGGUGAAAAAGGGAGGAGGACGGAGGCAGCUGGUCCGCAUGGCUGCAUUACAAAGUCCUUUUGCCUCUCCCAACACACAGAACCAGAGGAAAAAGUUUGACAGCGAUUUGGAGUCGGUGUCCAGUGGAAUCAGGAGGCUCAAACAUCUGUCCAAGGCCUUUGACAACAUAAUUGGCAGAGACAACAGAACCAGUACAAGGGAAUGUUCUGGAGGAGCAGUGAUGAGGAAGUUGGACCCCAGCGGUAAACUCAGUCGCUCAAACCUCACACGGCGAGCCGCGAACCUCUCCAACACCCUGGGAGGCUGGGCCCACACGGCCGUGAGCACCAUUCACAAACCCACCUGAACUACGUGCGUGUGUGUGUGUGUGUGUGUGUGUGUGUAGGACACAGGACCUUUUGGUAGCCAUGUUUCACAUUUAUCUUUAUUGAGGUAUCAGUUACAUUUUACUUGUAGUGUUGUCGGUAUGAUACUGGGAGACUGUUACAUGGCAGCUUGUCUUUCUUUUCUCGUAUACACACGUGUGUAACACUCGAGGGAUUCUUGUGUGUUUGCACGUCUCAGGUUAGCUCGUGUGGGUCAAAUAUCCUCAUUGUAGCUACCAAAGGGUUUCUGUAUUGUAUAUGUUCCUCUCUUAGCUGCUACAACCAAAUGUAUAAGUUACAUUUUCCAGAUACUAAUAUUAUAGUUUUGUAUUAUCUCUUUUUUCUAGUUUUUAUAAUUAUCUUUAUAAGAAAAACAUUGUAUUUCAGAACCAACACUAAAGUUACUGACGGAUGGGAAAUGCAUUUUCCUGUCCUUUAUACAUAUGCAAUAAUGUUACUAAUAUUUGUUAGUCCUUUUUUAAAAUGUCAUUUGAUAAUGCCAAAAUGUGAAGGGACUCUUUUUUAUAUCAUAGUAUUUGAGUGAACGUUUCCUUUUCCUCAUAUUUUUCCUUGAGGCAGGGGUUCACACUUCUAACUGCCCGUGGACUAUUCAUGCAUUAUUACUUUAUACAUAAAAAAUGUAAUGGGUUAAGAUGUUAAGACUUGUGACCUGAUGUUAUGAUUAUGUUAUAAAGCCAUAUCCAGCAGGCUAUUAGUGUUGUGAUACGUUUCCCCUCUCUGCCAUUACGAUGUAUCGGUACCCCUUUUCUGCAGUAACCAGAUAAAGAGAGAUGUUGCGCCUAGA